UUCCUCAUUUCAAAUUCAAAACCCUAAAUUUUCUCGAAAGUUUCAAAUUCUUAAUUCUCUAAUGGCGCCAAAGGGAGAGAAGAAACCUGCUGAGAAGAAACCUGUAGAAGAGAAGAAGUCUACGGUGGCCGAGAAGGCUCCCGCCGAGAAGAAACCCAAGGCCGGAAAGAAACUACCCAAAGAAGCUGGUGCCGCCUCCGGAGACAAGAAGAAGAAGAGAAACAAGAAGAGCGUGGAGACAUACAAGAUCUACAUCUUUAAAGUUCUGAAGCAAGUUCACCCAGACAUUGGUAUCUCAAGCAAGGCCAUGGGAAUCAUGAACAGCUUCAUCAACGACAUCUUCGAGAAGCUUGCCGCUGAAUCUUCCAGACUCGCAAGGUACAACAAGAAACCAACAAUCACAUCAAGGGAAAUUCAGACGGCUGUUAGGCUUGUUCUUCCUGGUGAGUUGGCGAAGCAUGCUGUCUCAGAGGGAACCAAAGCUGUGACCAAGUUUACAAGUGCUUGAAAUUUCUAAAGGUUAUUAUAGAGUUGUUUCUGAUAGAAUUAGGACUGAAUUAGUGUGUAACUCUCUUUUUAAUCAAAUGAAAAUUUUUACGAAUUAAUGAACCUCUGUUAUUGGUUAUAGAAGAACUUGAAGUAUUAAAAUUCUAUUACGGGACAUGUAUUUGUCUUUCUUGUGAAAUUGCUUCACUCUACUUUGGUUUUUU